UCGUCAAAGAAGCUCCCUUGCGAAUCUCUUUCUCUCCCCUAAUCGGCGAAGGGGCCAGAAUCAGAACUCGUAACAUGUGAAGUGCAUUUCGAACAUUAGCUUCAAAAUCGCUUGGAUUUUAGGCUAAUCUGAUUGAAGGCUUUACUUGUUCAAGACCAAAGAUUAUAGACAAAUGGAUGCGAAUGCUUCUGGUGAGGAGUAUGAAAAUAUUGAUUGGAAUACAGAUGAUGAACUUGAAAUCCAAAACAUCGCCCCUUCAUCUCAUGCAACUUUAGCAUCUCUCAAUGCACAAACUGUUGUUAGUAAUGGAGAGGCAAGCUCAUCUGCAGGCCCUUCGAACUCCAAUUUGUUUCAACAUUUUCUAGGGAUGGGGUUUUCUGAACAGUCGAUUGCAAAAGCAAUUAAAGAAAAUGGGGAGGCCAAUACAGAAUCAAUACUUGAAUCUCUACUUACAUACUCAGUUCUUGAAGUUGAAGACUCUCCUGAUGAAUUAAACUCAUGUCAUCUGAAUUCUCCUCAACAACAACAACAACAAUCGUGUGUAGAAAAUGGUGAAUUGUCAUCAGAUUAUGAUGAGAGCGUAUGUGAUGAUCUCUCUGAGUCUGAUGACAGCAGUUGGUCUGGUGGUAGUGAAGUAGCUAAUAAUACCAGUUCUUUACCUAAACAUGAGAAAUCAUUAUUAUCCUUAGCAAAUAUGGGGUAUAGCAUAGAAGAGGCUUCAGCAGCCAUGGAGAGAUGUGGUCCAGAAGCUUCUAUUGUAGAACUAACUGAUUUUAUCUGUGCUGCUCAAAUGGCAAAAACAGAAGCCGUAUUUUUUGAGGAUGAGAAACCGAAGCUCCCACUUCGCGUCAAUGGCGAUUUCAAGAAGCGAAAAUUAUACGACCUCGAGAUAUGGAAAACAAAGAAGCGAAAGGGGAUUCUAUCCGAAGAAGACGAAGGUCUCCGUCUUCCAAAUCCGAUGAUCGGAUUCGGAGUCCCAACAGACACACACGUCAUCACUCACAGAGUCCUCCCCGACGCCGCCAUCGGACCUCCAUUCUUCUACUACGAAAACGUAGCCCUAGCUCCAAAAGGCGUCUGGGACACCAUCUCUCGCUUCCUAUACGACGUCGAACCGGAAUUCGUCGAUUCAAAGUACUUCUGCGCCGCCGCUAGAAAACGCGGGUACGUUCACAACCUUCCGAUCAAAAACCGAUUCCCGCUUCUUCCUCUUCCUCCUCGCACUGUAAACGACGCGCUGCCAUUGACGAAGAGGUGGUGGCCGGAGUGGGAUAAACGAACGAAGCUGAACUGUUUGCAAACGGUGAUUGGAAGUGCGAAAUUGACUGAUAGGAUAAGGAAAGCGCUUGAAAAAUGGGGGGAUAAUCCGCCUGUACAUGUUCAGAAGUUUGUUCUUGAGCAAUGUCGGAAGUGGAACUUGGUUUGGGUUGGGAAGAACAAGGUGGCGCCAUUAGAGCCUGAUGAGGUUGAAAUGCUUUUAGGGUUUCCGAGGAAUCAUACCAGAGGAGGAGGGAUUAGUAGGACAGAUAGAUACAAAUCACUUGGCAACUCGUUUCAGGUAGACACAGUAGCAUAUCAUCUAUCAGUACUAAAAGACAUAUUCCCAAACGGAAUCAACAUGCUAUCGCUCUUCUCCGGAAUCGGUGGUGCCGAAGUUGCACUCCACAGGCUCGGAAUCCCGCUAAAAAACGUGGUGUCGGUUGAAAUCUCGGAAGCAAACCGUGACAUUGUGAGAAGUUGGUGGGAACAAACGAACCAAAAAGGGAAUCUGAUUCACUUAGCCGAUGUGCAACAACUAAACGGAGACCGGCUCGAGCAGUUCAUGGGCUCGUUCGGUGGGUUCGACCUCAUUGUGGGUGGCAGUCCGUGUAAUAAUUUAGCCGGGAGUAAUCGGGUUAGCCGGGAUGGGCUUGAAGGGGAACACUCGUCCUUGUUUUAUGAUUAUUUUAGGAUCUUGGAUAUAGUUAAGUGUAUUAUGAAUAAUAAAUAGGGAAAAUAAAUCAUCGAAUGAUGUGUUGUUGUGGUAGGGUUUAUUGACUGUUUUUGUUGACUUUUUCGAAUGAAUAAUUUGUGAUCUGUAUUAGAGAUGAUGAUUAUAAUGUAUUUCUGUUGCAAAUGCAACAGGGUGCUGCUGAAUUAUUGUUGAGGUUGUUUUCCUGGAA